GAUGAGGGAACCACGUGUGAUCACCACCAUGUACAGCACUGUCCUUCCUCUGUAGACUUGUUUUUGUAAGCUCGUACCCUUCGCAUGUAGCCAGCGAGCACGCGUCAGCCGGAGAAGCAAACGGGGUCAUUUGUGUUGUAUUUCUUUAACAGACUCUUGCACAUUCAAUCAAAACUGCUGGAGGGUUGUCUGUGGCUACACUGACUGCCGACCAUGGUGAGCAAGACAGAUGACAUCCCGGCGUCAGUGCCUGACUGUAAUCCGGUCGAUCUUGCGGAGGAAGCCGGGGAUGGAGCUCGGGAAACCAGCAAGAUGCAUCUGAAGAAUUCCUGCGACUGUGGACACAGUGCAGAUUCAGCCAUGGUGAAUGGGGAUGGGGCUCAUGAGCACACAGAGGAGGCAGUGGAUGGAGAGGAUUCUAACGAGCAGGAGGUGAUCGUGAUCCAGGACACAGGAUUCACUGUAAAGAUCCAGGCUCCCGGAACAGAUUCAUUUGACCUGCAGGUAUCUCCCCAAGAAAUGGUACAGGAAAUCCAUCAGGUGUUGAUAGACCGCGAGGACACCUGCCAUCGCACCUGCUUCUCCCUGCAGCUCGAUGGAAAUGUGCUGGACAACUUUGCUGACCUCAAGUCCUUCGAAGGCCUGCAGGAGGGUUCGCUGUUGAAAGUUGUUGAAGAGCCGUACACUGUGCGUGAAGCUCGCAUCCAUGUGCGUCACAUCAGAGACCUGCUGAAAAGUCUGGACCCAUCAGACGCUUACAAUGGAGUGGACUGCAACUCCCUCUCCUUCCUCAGCGUCUUCACUGAUGGAGACCUCGGAGAUAGUGGUAAACGAAAGAAAAAGGGCAGCGAUCUGGAGCAGAUUGACUGCACCCCUCCAGAGCACAUCCUGCCCGGCAGCAAAGACCACCCCCUGAUACCCCUCCAGCCACAGAACAAGGACUGGAAGCCUAUGCAGUGCCUGAAGGUCCUUACCAUGAGUGGCUGGAACCCUCCACCUGGAAACAGGAAGAUGCACGGAGACCUCAUGUACCUGUACAUUGUCACUGUGGAGGAACGCCAUGUCAGUGUCACUGCCUCUACACGCGGCUUCUACCUCAACCAAUCAACUACCUAUACCUUCAACCCCAAACCAGCCAAUCCCAGUUUUCUGAGCCAUUCUCUGGUGGAGCUGCUGAGCCAGAUUAGCCCUGCCUUCAAGAAGAACUUCACUGCCCUGCAGAAGAAAAGGGUCCAGAGACACCCAUUUGAAAGGAUAGCUACGCCUUUCCAGGUUUACAGCUGGACAGCUCCUCAGGUAGAUCACGCCAUGGACUGUGUUCGCGCUGAGGAUGCCUACACGUCUCGUCUGGGUUAUGAGGAGCAUAUACCUGGACAGACUCGAGAUUGGAACGAGGAGCUGCAGACAACCAGAGAGCUUCCACGGAAGAACCUGCCUGAACGGCUGCUGAGGGAGCGAGCAAUAUUCAAGGUCCACAGUGACUUUGCAGCUGCUGCCACUCGAGGUGCAAUGGCAGUAAUUGACGGCAAUGUAAUGGCGAUCAACCCCGGUGAGGAAACACGCAUGCAGAUGUUCAUUUGGAACAACAUCUUCUUCAGUCUUGGCUUCGACGUGCGGGACCACUACCGUGAGCUGGGUGGAGAUGCUGCUGCCCAUGCGGCGCCCACCAAUGACUUGAAUGGAGUACGAGCUUACGGGGCGGUGGACGUGGAGGGUCUCUACACCCUCGGGACAGUAGUGGUGGACUACAGAGGCUACCGUGUUACUGCCCAGUCCAUCAUCCCUGGUAUCCUGGAGCGUGAGCAGGAGCAGAGCGUCAUCUAUGGCUCCAUUGACUUUGGAAAGACUGUUGUCUCCCACAGCAAAUAUAUGGAGCUGCUGGAGAAGACCAGCAGGCCACUCAAGGUUCAAAGACACAACGUACUUAAUGAGAAGAACGACGCAGUGGAACUGUGCUCCUCUGUCGAGUGCAAAGGCAUAAUUGGAAAUGAUGGCCGACACUAUAUCCUGGACCUUCUGCGUACGUUCCCUCCUGACCUCAAUUUCCUGCCUGUGGAUGGAGAAGAGCUGCCCCCAGAGAGCAAGCACCAAGGCUUCCCCCGUCAGCACCGCCACCGUCUGGCGUGUCUACGCCAAGAACUCAUUGAGGCCUUUGUUGAGCACAGAUAUCUUCUUUUCAUGAAGAUGGCGGCAUUGCAGCUCAUGCAACAGAAAGCAAACAAGGAUGCAAAGACUGAUCUCCCUGCCAUCACAGAAACCUCCACAGAUAACAGUGCUGAUACAAGCCAGACACAAACCACUGCAUCCGAUUCUUCUAACGCCACAGACCUCUCCACAGAGAGCACAAGCCAGAGAGACAACAGCGCCUCUGCUGCCUCACAGGCAGCAACUGCAAGUGAUGACGACUCCUCAAAACCCACCACAAACGGGGUUCUAGACUCUUCAGCCACUCAGAAUGGAGAGUGCAAGAGCCCACUGGAGGGUAAGGAGCUUGAGGAAAGUAUUCCCGGAUUAGCUCAGGCCAAAGAGCUCGCGGAGACCUUAGUUUCUGAAGAUGGAUCUGGUAUUGAUCCCAAAAGCCGCGAGGUUGUCCUCAAUGCUUGCAAGGCUGUGGGCUCCAUCAGUAGCACAUCCUUCGACAUUCGCUUCAACCCUGACAUCUUCUCCCCAGGAGUGCGUUUCCCUGACGACAGUGCAGAUGAUGUUCAGAAGCAGAAGCAGCUACUUAAAGAUGCCGCUGCUUUCCUGGUGUCUUGUCAGGUCCCCUCACUGGUUAAAGACUGUUUGGACCACAGUGCUCUGCCUAUGGAUGGAGCCACAUUCACAGAGGCCUUGCACCAGAGAGGCAUCAAUGUUCGAUAUUUGGGCACCGUUCUGCAGUUUGUGGACAAAACGCCUGCUAAAGCACAGCUGGAGCACAUCUAUAGAAUAGGAAUCACUGAGCUGAUCACAAGAUGUGCUAAACAUAUCUUCAAGACAUACCUCCAGGGUGUAGAGUUGUCUGCCCUCUCUGCCGCUGUAAGUCAUUUCCUGAACUGUUUCCUGAGCUCGUUCGCUGAUGCUGUCGCCCACCUGCCUCUUGAUGAACUGGUGUCCCGUCGCAAAAACCGCAAACGACGCAACCGGGUCCCUGGUGGUGGGGACAACACAGCGUGGGCCAGCCUGACGCCCAGUGAGCUGUGGAAGAACAUUGCCACUGAAGCCCAGAGCUAUUAUCACUUCACUAUACAAUGUGAAAGCGUUGACCAAGUGGUGGAGAAAUACAACCUCCUUAAAAUCACUCUGCUCAGAGAGAUCUCGAUCAAAACUGGAAUCCAGAUUCUGAUAAAGGAGUACAACUUUGAUAGCCGCCACAAGCCUGCCUUCACUGAGGAGGACAUCCUGAACAUUUUCCCUGUGGUGAAGCACGUAAAUCCCAAAGCCUCUGAUGCCUUUCACUUCUUCCAGAGCGGUCAGGCCAAAGUACAGCAAGGUUUUCUGAAGGAGGGCUGCGAGCUCAUCAACGAGGCCCUCAACCUCUUCAACAAUGUGUAUGGACCCAUGCAUGUGGAGAUCUGUGCUUGCCUGCGCCUGCUGGCACGCCUUAAUUACAUCAUGGGAGAUCAUCCUGAGGCUCUGAGUAACCAGCAAAAGGCAGUACUGAUGAGUGAAAGAGUCCUUGGCAUCGAGCAUCCAAACACAAUUCAAGAAUAUAUGCACUUGGCUCUGUACUGCUUUGCCAACGGCCAGCUGUCAACUGCCCUGAAGCUGCUUUACCGUGCCCGUUACCUCAUGUUGAUGGUCUGCGGGGAGGAUCACCCAGAGAUGGCGCUGCUUGAUAGUAACAUUGGGUUGGUGCUGCACGGAGUGAUGGAGUAUGAUUUAUCACUGCGAUUCUUGGAAAAUGCCUUGAUUAUCAACACAAAGUACCAUGGACCCCGGUCCCUCAAAGUGGCCCUCAGCCAUCACUUGGUUGCGAGGGUUUAUGAGAGCAAGGCCGAGUUCCGCUCUGCACUACAGCAUGAGAAGGAGGGCUACACGAUCUACAAGAACCAGAUGGGCGAGGGACACGAGAAAACCAAGGAGAGCUCUGAGUACCUGAAGUAUCUCACCCAGCAGGCCGUGGCGCUGCAGAGAACCAUGAACGAGAUCUACAAGAACGGCUCCAAUGCCAGCAUCAUGCCUCUAAAGUUCACUGCCCCCAGCAUGGCCAGCGUUCUGGAGCAGCUCAACGUUAUCAACGGCAUCAUCUUUAUACCUCUCAGCCAAAAGGAUCUGGAGAACCUAAAGGCAGAGGUUCAGAGGCGGCAGCAGCUGCAGGAGCUGGGAAAGGGCGAGGAGCACACAGAGGACAGCCCACUGGAACUAGAGGACAAAAUUCCUGUUGAUUAAACAUAUAAAAGUCCUCAAUGUACAGCUGCUUUCUGCUAUUAGGUGGAAAGUGGGAGGCUGUGAAGACACAGCCAUGUCACUGGGCCCGUGGUUCCGAGAACCACGCAGUCUAAAUCUGUUUUGAAAUAAAAAGGGGAGGGAGGAAUGCGUUAGCACAGUCAAGGCAACAACUUGAAUAGACUGUAGGACAAUGAAUGCAGAGCGGAGUUUCUAACAUGGUAGGAGGAGGAGAAAGUACAAACAACAAUGAAUUAAUGUUAAUGUGCAAUCUAAAAAAAAAAGAGAGAAAAAUCCUCGGCCCAAGAACCUGGAAAUGAAAUCACUCAAGAUGUUUGCUGUUUAUAAAUAUGAUUAUGUAUGUAAGAGUGUUUGCAGCUGGGCAGGGAGACCGAGGAUGACCAUGUCAUUGUAUACCAGAGCCUUAUCCACUGUACCAUAAUCACCAAGCAAUGCUUCUUCUUAACCGCACUAUUAGCCCAGGACCUCCCCUCCCCUCCCCAUUCCAUUCCCCAAAGAGCCUCUAAAAAAUCCGGGCAUUUCGUUCCACUUGCCACCUCCCCGUGCUCUAAACGAUGACGCACCGACCCCCGUCCUAGAACUCAGGGGAACUUUCUACUGUGCACUAAGACCAGAAUACAGUCGGUAAAAUUGAGGGAUUUUUUUUGUAGGGCUUCAGAAUGUAAAUUCCCCUUUUAGUGGCUUUUUUUGAGCCACUUUCCAGCAGUUGCUCAUUAUUCUUACACAUCCCCAGUUGUUGAUUAAUUAAACUGUUCUCUUGUUUGUACUUAACACAUCCAAGGUGGGUUGAUGUUGUGACCCAUGGUUCCUGAAUCUCCAAGCAAGCAAACAAUACAGUGACACAUUAGUUAGCUUCCAACUUUAUUAUUUGGUGGAUUUCGUUUUUCUUUUUUUUCUUUAAAGUAUUUCUUUUGUAAAAGUGCACAGGAGAAUGGAAAGGGUAUUUUAGGCCUGUUAUUCAUCAGAUAAUUUAAGCCAUGUCUGUUUUAUAGAAAUGUAUAGGAGCAGAAAAAGAUGUAUAAAUCUCUUAUCAGAUUUAGACAGGUAAUCAAAUUGUACUAAUGGAAAAUCGACUUAAAACAAACAAACGUCCACCUUAUGCAGUAGAUUAAAUAAUCUAUAUAGUAGUUGUGUCCAACUUUCUAUUUUUACACAUUGAAAGAAAAUAAUGUGCAUGUCUGUUCGUAUGUGUGACGGUGUGUUUGUGUAGUCGAGGAGUUCCAUUGGCCACAGCUGUUGCUGCUUUUGCUGCUGCGUAGUCAUGAACAGAGGCUGAGUGAACGUUGGCUUUCCAGAUGUUUUAUUUUUCUACACACCUGUGUUAACUGAUGGACGGCUGAUGCCUCUUUCCUUAAACCAUACAUGGCCACCAAUGUUUUCAGUCUGUUUAUGCAUCAACUGUAAAGAACCAUUGGACAGGUGCUCAACAUUGGCAGAAGUGAGUGAUUUGUUAUUGCUGGGUGUUUUUUUUUUUUUUGUUCUCUUGUUUUUCAUGAUAGGGUUAUAAUGUCAUUUUUCAUAUGUAACUGAGAAAAACACCAGCCAGGAGUGUCUGUUCAUUGAGCAGUAUUUAUUGCACUUUCUUGAGCUGUUUGAGUGUGUUGACAUUCACAGAACCACUAACAGUGGACAUCAGAAGGGCUGCCUCGAGAUCGUGAUGUACCAAAAAAAAAAGUCUAAGAUUUGUUUGCGCUUGUAUACAUGCAAUGUAUCCUAUCAUGGCAAUUUGUUACUUAAUUGUUGCCGUGUCUAAAUGUAAUGUGAUUAAAGCAAUAGAGAGAUGGUGCUGGAUCUGAUUAUCAGAGAAUGCUGUUUUUACUCGGUGCAUGGACUACUGUCUCAACUGUCUGAAAAUAUGGGGGAUGCAAAAGAGUUCUUGGAAUUAGAGCAGUGAUGUACGAUGCCACAACAUGCAGUAGCAGAGCGCGGUACAUGAGUGCGUCCAGUAGGUUUGGUUCUAGAUGAAUUGAGGAAAACCUGUGGUUAAAAACAUCACUUUAUAAUGUAGAAAUAAGCCUUCCCAUUCUGUUUUCUUAAAAUAGUUUUUUUUUAUUAUUAAUUAUGCCAACAAUGCCCGAGGCGUGGCACACCAACAUUUUUCCAAUUGUGAAGAAUGCACAUGAAUCUAUGGUACAAAGUGCAAAUGCAAACAUUUCGUCUGGUCACAAUAUAAUUUUAAUGUAGCAUUUUUAUUUAGUUUAUUCAGAUGGCUAAUAAAAACAAACCACGACCUGUUGAAAUCCUAAUAGUGAUGAGUCUGGUGGUAAUUGUUAUUUUGUAAUAUGUCAUGAUAUAGAAUAAAGUGAGACAUGUCAGCAUGUGA